AUGGGCGAUGAUGAUAAGCAAGUUGUGGCUAAGUCGAGUGAGGUUUCUUUGGUUUCUCCAUACACACUGUUUUCUUCCGACAACCCGGGUGCGUUGAUCACAUUGAUGCAGCUAAAGGGAGAUAACUACAACGAGUGGGCUAUGGAGAUGUUGAAUGCUUUGAGGGCAAAGAAGAAAGUUGGUUUUAUUGAUGGAAGUUUGGCAAAGCCGAAAGAGGAUAGCAAGGAGUUGGAAGCAUGGCUGAGCAGAUUUGAUGUUGGCAACAAGGUGCGUGUGCAUCAGUUGAUGGAGCAGUUGGCUUCAUGUCGACAAAACGGACAGGCUGUAAUUGAUUAUUAUGGUCGCAUGGCGGUUAUGUGGGAAGAGUUGCAGACAUAUAAGCCACCACCGGCUUGUACUUGUUCAGAUGCAACGACUUAUGAGAAGGAGCGCGAAGAUGAGAGAGUUCAUCAGUUUAUAAUGGGACUAGAUGACUCAAAGUUUGGGAACGUGGUUACAGCUAUCACAGAGGCUGAUGAGUUGCCAGACCUUGGCAAGGUAUAUGCGAAGGUGAUCAGAGAAGAGGCGAGGAUCAAUUCGUCUAAAGGCAGAGAAGGAGGUCAAGAAGCUAUUGGUUUUGUGGCUAAGAAAGAGACAUCUCCUCAAACUGAGAAUCGUGAACUCACUGGAAGUGGAGGUAACGUAAGAGGAGAAGGAAACAGAGGAAGAGACAGAACCUGUUAUCAUUGUGGCAAACCAGGUCAUGAGAAGAAUUCUUGUUGGCAGUUAGUGGGUUAUCCGGAGUGGAUCACUGACAAACAAAGAGCACGAGGUGAUGGUCGCGGUGCAAGUAGAGGUACUGGACGAGGUGGUUAUGGCAGAGGCAGUGGGCGUGGAGCAGCCAAUGUUGCAACAGCGAGUAGUUCUUAUGGUGCAGGCAAUGAUCUCACGCCUGAGCAGUGGAAUAAGAUAACUCAGAUCAUUCAAGAAAGGAAGUCUGGAGGCGGUAAUGAGAAACUCUCAGUGCCUUGUUUAGUAGGCUUUGCAGAUGGAGGAACGACAACAUCAACACGGAAGGGUGACCUUGUGUUGAGUGAUACUAUAUCACUGAAGGAUGACCGUUCUUCGAAGACACUGAUUGGAGCAGGUGAGGAACGUGAUGGGGUGUACUACUUCAAAGAUGUCUCGAUGGCGAGAGGAAACAAGGCAGAUGGCAGUUUUGAUCUUCAUCAAACAACAUGUGUGUACACGCCACAACAGAAUGGCAGAGUAGAGAGGAAGCAUAGACAUAUCUUAAAUGUGGCAAGAGCUAUGUUAUUUCAAGCAAACUUGCCGGUGAAGUUUUGGGGAGAAGCGAUAUCAUCUGCCACUCAUGUCAUUAACAUGACUCCGUCAAAGAUAUUGCAAGGGAAGUCACCGUAUGAAGUUUUGUUUGGAAAGAAACCACACUACAGCUCACUUCGUGUCUUUGGUUCCUUGUGUUAUGCGCAUCGAAAGGACAGAAGCAGAGAUAAGUUCGGUCCUAGGAGCAGACGAUGCAUAUUUGUAGGAUAUCCUUUCGGGAAAAAGGGUUGGAGAGUUUAUGAUACAGAGACAAAUGAUUUCCUGGUGUUGAGGGAUUUCGUUUUUAAAGAGGAUGUCUUCCCGUUUCAAGAGGAAACCAUGGCUCAUGUGGAUGAAACUAAGUUGACUGGGGGACCGGAUGAUGAUUGGGUAAUAUCUACUGUCUCAGAUACUGAAGACAGGGGGAGGUGA